CUCGCCUCGCCUCGCCUCGCUCGAAACGCUUCCCAAAUCCCAAUUAGCGAUGGACGAAACGUUUCAGCUUCGGAUCCAAACCAUUUAGCUUCUGUCUCCGAACCUAAAUUCGGACCGAGCCUCAGUUUUGUUCCUCUGUUCGUUGAAAAUUUUGCACUAUUUCGAUCACUUUAUCUGUCUGAGCUCAAAGACGCCCAUUUUCGCUUCUUCGCUGCAAACCCUAACGCUUGGCUAUCCAACGAACUCCGAGGAUCAAUUUUCAGCCUCAAUGGAGGCUUCCAAAUGUCGCUGGUUUUUGACACCUUUUAGACAGUACGAAGGUUGAGGAAACAGCAUAACUUAUGCAGUGUGAACUGGACGAGUGAAUCAAUACACUGCAGGAUCUUUUAUUCCCCCCUCAUUUCCAGGGAUCAAUGGUAGUUGAUGAGAGGUAGCUUCUUUCUUAUAAAUUCCUAGUUUUUGAUCAACGUGGGCUGGGUUAUCUAUGCCUGGAAACGAGGUUGGAGACAGGGUUCAUAAUUUUUUUGGCCAAGAAAACUUGUCCCAGGGCCAGUAUCAUUCACAGGUUGUUGACGGAAACUGGUCAGGACUGAGUAGUAAUUUGUGGGCUGGAGGCCAGAGAGCUGCCGGUGCUCCUUUUAUUUCCAAUUUGAAAAAUUUCAAUGUACAGCAAUUAGAUUCUGAGCAGGGACAUACAAGCUCUUCCCAUUUGCGGCAUGGUUUAAAUUUGACACAAUCACUGAGGCCUGAGUCUGGCAGAAAUCAACCCCAGACCCAGCAAGCAGCUGGGAAUGGCUAUAUGCAGGGACAUCAGGUUUUCCAGACCAGGCAGAAUGAAGCUAACAUGUUGGGAGUGGAUACAGAAUCCGAUUGGCAUAACAUGCCAAAUCUUCCAAGAGGUGUGUCAGUGCUAGAAUCACAAGGGAGUGGUCUUGACCUCUAUAAGAAAAACUUGACGAGGACUGAUGCUGCUGAAUCUCCUGUCAACUUUGACUUUUUUGGCAAUCAGCAGCAAAUAAGUGGCCGGCACCCUGGCAUGAUGCAAUCUUUGGCUCGGCAGCAGUCAGGAGCAAGCGACAUGCAGCUAUUGCAGCAGCAAGCAAUGAUCUCUCAGAUUCAAGAACUUCAGAGGCAGCAGCAUAUUCAACAACUGGAAGCUAGGCAACAAAGUUCUGUGACUCCAACUUCCUCCAUUUCGAAACAGACUGUUGGAAAUCAUUCUGCAUCUCUUAUCAAUGGUAUUCCCAUCAAUGAGGCAUCUAACUUUAUGUGGCAGCCUGAAGUUAUGGCAAAUAAUGCAAAUUGGCUCCAGCGUGGUGCAUCUCCAGUUAUGCAAGGAUCCUCUAAUGGACUUAUGUUAUCUCCUGAACAAGGACAGGCAUUGCGCUUGAUGGGUAUGGUUCCUAAUCCAGGUGAUCAAUCUCUUUAUGGGCUACCAAUUUCUAGCUCACGGGGUACACCAAACCUGUAUUCUCAUGUUCAAGUAGAUAAAUCACCAAUGUCACAGAUGGCUAUCCCACACCAGUAUUCUCAUGUUCAAGGGGACAAGUCUCCUCUGCCAAACAUAUCAGCCGGUGGUGGUUCAUUUUCAGCUCAUCAAUAUGCAGCAUUUUCAGAUCAAACUAACACAAAUGAUGGAACUUCAGCUUCAAGGCAUGAUAUUCAAGAGAAAAGUGCGUUUGGUCCCCCUCCUCAAGGUUUGAAUAUGGAGAACUUGCAGCAAGUAAAUUCUGAGCGAAGAAACGUUCCAAUGCAAGAAUUUCAAGGGAGGCAACAAUUAGUUGCAUCAUCUGAGACAUCACAGGAUAAGAUGGUAGUGCAGGUUCCUCCUUCACAGAGUGUAGCUACAUUAGAUCCAACUGAAGAGAAGAUUUUGUUUGGUUCAGAUGACAACCUUUGGGAUGCAUUUGGCAGGAACACAGGUUUUAACAUGCUAGAUGGUGCAGAUAGUUUUAACGGAUUUCCAUCCAUCCAGAGUGGGAGUUGGAGUGCACUCAUGCAGUCUGCUGUAGCAGAAACUUCUACCAGUGAUAUGGGUGUACAGGAGGAGUGGAGUGGUCUAAGUUUUCGGAAUACUGAGCGUUUUCCUGGAAAUGAGCGGCCGUCAACUAUUGAUAACAGCAAACAGGUUCCAGUUUGGGCUGAAAAUUUGCAGCCAUCUUCCAAUAUAAAUUCAAGACCUUUUCUUCAGCCUGAAGAUGUUAACAGGCCCAAUGCAAAUGCAAACUUUUCUGGUAUGCCUGGAUUUCAUCAGUCAGGAGAUUCAUCACAUGAACAGCAUGACAGGUUACAGACUGAUUCUUCUCAGAGAUCUGUUCCACAAUUUUUAGAAAGAGGCAAAUGGUUAGACUGUAGCCCUCAGCACAAGGGCCAUGCUGAAGGGAGUCAUAUUUAUGGAAAUGCUGCUACUUCUCCUGGUGUAGAAAUAAAUGAAAGGAGUAUGUCAGGUUCUUGGAAUCAUCAACAGACCAUGUCAUCUUGUAAUAGUAGUGCUGAGCUGUUCAAUAGGCCAAAUGGUUGGAAUCUUGUUAAAUCAGGCCUUCCUCAUAGCAAUGCUUCACUGAAAACCCAUGAUAGUGAAAGCUCAAUGCAGACACAUCGUGAGAAAACCUCCCAAGAGGAGAUGGGCCAGGUUCCUGGAAUGUGGGUGCCUGAUGGUACUAUUGUAUCUGUUGGAGUGGAACGCAUGAAGUCUGCAGAUAGUGUUCGGGGUUGUGGGGAAGAUUCUGGUAUAGGUGGCAUUGCAGCAGUACCAAAUUCAGGUGCCACAUGGGUUAACCGUCAAAGCAAUCAACAGCAGCCUAACAAUCUUGAUGUAUGGAGAGAUGCUGACUCCUCAGGGAGCUAUAGAGGAAAUGAAGGUCCAGGAAAAUAUCGGCAUCAUAUGGAGAGGAAUACCGUAGUUUUGGAGUCACCAAAGAAUGAGAAGGGAGAUGGUGAGACCCAGGAGAUCGAGAAUUCUAAUAGAAAAGAUAUGUCAUCAGAUGGUAUUGUAUCUAGUCCUUACCACAGAGGAAGUAGCAUGAGAGAGAAUGUUUAUUUUGAUGGCAAUGAUGCACGUAGUCCAAAGUUACCUGCUCAGAUCAAUCAAAGACCACCUGUAACCCGUAAAUUUCAGUACCACCCAAUGGGGGAUGUGAGUGUUGAUGUGCCAAUUCACCAACAAACUUUUGGAGGGAUGAAAGGUCAAGACCCAAACUACACCGGGCAGUCAAAAUUUGGUCAUAGUGAUGGAGAUCAUACUGAAAUUGAGAAGAUGAAUAUACCUGCUUUCCAGGGUGAUUUAAGAAGCUUGGAUGAUGCCCCAAAAAGCAAACUUCCUGGUCAUAUGACUAAAACACUGACAUCAUUCGAUAGAAGUGUUGGUAAUUAUGCCCCUAACAAGGCUUCAUCACCGAGGGUGCCUGAAGCUGAAGCAUCUGAUGGAUCUGUUGCACAGACUCUGCGGAAUCAAAGUUCAUUGUCGUCUCAGGGCUUUGGUUUGCAAUUAGCUCCUCCUACUCAAAGGCUUCCCAUGGCAUCUUCUCAUGGCUCAUCUGAAACUGGAGAGAAGGGUCAUAUGUGGUUGGCUACCUCUCAGGCUCUGCCUUCUCAAGAGUCAUUACAUGGGGAGCUAAGGAAUAAUAUUUCUGGUUCCUCAGGACAAGUUCUUGAUAAAUCCUCUCAAUUCAGUGCACUGGGAAAUGUUCCACAGGCUUUCGCAUCUAGCUUUCCCUUCUCUAGGAGUCAUGCUCAAAAUCAGAAUUUGGCUAAUGUCAGUGGACCAGUAGCGAGUGCUCAGCGUGCUAGUGUAACACCUACAGAUAGGACUGCUUCCAUGAAUCAGAUCAAUGAAUAUCGUGAGAGAGUUCAGGCUAGUGAACCCGAAUUUCCAUCAGCUCCAGAGAUAUCCCAGCUGAGUGGUACAGAUCAAAUGCAUCCAGGAGACCAUGCCUCACAAAUUGUAGCCUCAGAGGCUGGUAUAGCUUCUCAACCUACUUAUAACUGCGGUGCAUCUCAACAUGGUGCCCCUUUGAAAGUCUUACAUAAUGUAUGGACCAAUGUUUCUAGCAAGCAACUUGCUUCAAAGAUCCUGUCCCGUCUUCAACCAAACAAUGAUUGUGAAAUGUCAACUGUGCUGAAGAAGCCAGGUGAUGAAGAUUCAGAAAAAGAUGGCAAUGACCUUUCUGGUGUUGGUCCUUCUGUUUAUUCUAAUAGUUCUGGAGGUAAGGAACAGUUGCUUAAAGAAAGCUCUGGACAGCAGAUGCUACUUGAGAGUGCUGAUUCUGCUGAAGAGGCUGUAAGUGCGUUACAUGGAAAGGAACCUGCUGUGAAGUUUAUGCCUGAUGCAUCUCAUUCAAGCCCUGCUGCCACCUCUAGAGAUAUUGAACAAUUUGGUCGGUCUUUAAGGCCAAACAAUUCAUUCAACCAAAAUUUCUCAUUGUUACCUCAAGUUCAGUCUAUGAAAAGUGCAGAGAUUGAUUCUAGCAAUCGAGAUGUCAAGAGAUUUAAAGUUUCAGAUAACAUGUUGGACACACAACCAACGACUUCCAACCAUGGUCACUUGUCAUAUGGGUACAAUGCUAUGGUGAAAGAUUUGUCUGGUAAUCAUUCUUCAGUGCCAUCAGAUCCUACUAUGCUAAGCUUUUCAACAAAGCCUGGUAAUGGACAUGACACCAAUGCAACUUCUCAGGAGGUUCUUGGAUAUGCUCAGAGCAAUGCUAUUAAUGUUUCUAGUGGCAACGCAGUGAGUUCUGUAAGAAGUGAGCACUCUUCAAUUAGUCCCCAGAUGGCACCAUCGUGGUUUGAGCAAUAUGGAACCUUUAAAAAUGGCAAUUUAUUGCCAAUGUGUGAUGUAAGGAACAAGACUCCUCCAAAGAUUAUGGAACAAGCUUCAAUUGGUCAGAGCCAAUCUGAUAAUUUGCAAGUUCGUAGUUCGAUUGAGCAAGUUAAUAGUCUUGGUGAUACCAGUCAGUUCGGUAAUGCUCAGCAGAGUCCAGCCCCUGUUUCAGUUGCAAGUGAGCAUGUAGCUUCUCAGAUAAUGCCUCCUCCUGCAGUUGAACCUGGCAUGGUUAUGAGGCAAAAGAAACGUAAAAGUGAGACAUCUGAACUGGUACCAUGGCAUAAAGAAUUGGCACAGGGUUCUGAAAGGCUUCCUAGUAUCAGUGCGGCAGAAUUAGACUGGGCCCGAGCCACAAAUAGAUUGAUUGAGAAGGUUGACGAUGAUCCUGAUGUAAAUGAAGAUGUAUCACCAGUUGUGAAGUCAAAAAGAAGACUUGUCUUGACUACGCAACUUGUGCAGCAACUAUUUAGCCCUCCUCCAGCUGCAGUUCUCUCUGCAGAUGUGAAGCUACACCAUGAGAGUGUGGUCUAUUCAGUUGCUAGAUUAGCAUUAGGGAAUUCGUGCAGUUCAGUCUCAUCGUCAGGACGUGAUAAACUCAUGCAUAUAGGCAGCAGAAACAUCCUUUCCGAGAAGCUUAAAUCGCCAGAGAAAAUUGAUCAGUAUAUGUUGAAGAUUAUGGAAGACCUUGUUGGAAGAGCAAAGAAAUUGGAAAAUGAAAUAUUGAGAUUGGACACCAGAGCCUCACUUUUAGAUUUGAGAGUGGAAUGUCAAGAUUUAGAACGAUUCUCUGUCAUCAAUCGAUUUGCCAAGUUCCAUGGCCGGGGGCAAAAUGAUGGGGCAGAGGCCUCAUCAUCCUCUGAUGCAACUGCAAAUGCUCAGAAAUCAUGUCCCCAGAAAUAUGUUACCGCACUUCCAAUGCCUAGAAAUCUCCCUGACAGGGUUUCGUCUGAUUAAAUUGGUAGCGUAAGCUGCUUCACUUAUCACUUCAUUUCUCUCAAUUUCAAAUCGUCUUCCUUACUUUGAGUAUAGUCCUUCUGCAUCUUGAUCUUGUCCAAGCCCUUCGCGUAUCCUGCACCGAGGGACAUCCCCGGAAAUAUUCCUUUAGUUAUCUACUUUGAAAUUUGAAGCUUUAGUCAUAAUGGACAUUAGCGAGUAUUUUAAUUUUCGUAUUUCAUAUUUUUAUCUUGGGAAUGGUUUACUUGGAAAGCGAUGCCCCUAAUAAACUGGAUUUUAGUUCCAUUUUCAUACCUUUGGUCCUAACAGAUGUGAUGUUUGAGUGAGAACUUGGGUUCUAAUGGAUUUUGUUACCCUUCUGAUUUAAAAGCAGGGCUUGUUGUUUCCCUUUCUCCACAUGAAUUAAGAACCUGUGUUUUAACUUGUUUAAUUUGUUGAGAAAAAAAAAAAACUUGUUUAAUUCAGUCCAUUAAUCCUGGGCAUUGCACUUUAAUAUGUAAUUGAUAACAC